CUGGUGGAAACCCAGGCUUUAUCAAGAGCUGGAGGGACCAACUGCCAGCUCUCUCUGGGGACAGGCUGCCAUGGAACUGAGGUGCGGGAUGAGGACCACCAAGUGCCAGCUGCUGGUGACCAGCCUCUGUGUCAUGCUGCUGGGGCUCUCCAUCGCCACGCUGAGCACAGUCACCCACUAUGGGCUCCAUUUCACCCUCAUCAGCAACGUGUCUCUGGACAGCAACGCCUACAAGGUCAUCCACCACACAGCUUUCUACUUUGGGAUCUGCCUGAGCAUGACCCUGAUCCUGGCAGCCCUGCUGAGCUCUGCUGCCACAGUGAGGGAAUCGCAGUGCCUCACCGCCAUGGGAUUUUUCUGUUUUGCUCUGGCCUUUUGUGGAUUGAUCCCAGCUGCCUGCUGGAGAUACACACACAGCACGGAGGUGGAAGACAGCAUGAUGGAUGUGUAUGAUUUCGUGUAUGAGGAGGUGAGGAGGAACACCUCCAGCAUCAAGAGGCAUGAGCUGACUGCCAUCCAUGAAGCAUUCCUUUGCUGUGGGAAACACUCUCCUUUUGGGGACACAACUGAUGUUGAGAAAGAGACAUGCUCACCUGACCAAGUGCACAAUGGAGGACAGGACUGCCUGAAAGGGAUCCAGGACUUCCUGAAGAAGCACAUGGACUUUGUCUUCUCACUCCUGGGCAUCGCCAUUGGCUUCACGGUUUAUGGGAUGUUCCUAACUUCAUUCCUCUGGUUCUCCAUCCACUUCAGCAGCAACCUGUACCGGAAAGGCAAAUACAUCCUGCGAGAGAGGUAGAAACCUGAUACCUGGGCAUCCCUACCAGGCAGAGCCAGCUCUUGGCACAGGAAGGUGUCUGAAGUCACCCACAAACACCUUGGGAAGGUAGUGCAUGGGGUCAGGUGGUGGGAUAUGUGUCACACAUUUCCCUUUCCUGCACUACUGCUGGGCUCAGAGAUGCAGAUUCCCUCGAUGGGAGACGUACGGACUGUGGCUCCACAAGAAGGAUACACGGAGUUCUUUACAACCAAAUGGAGAGAAAAGCCCAGCAAAAAUCACAGCAUUAAACCAAACUUCUCUCAUGCUGUCAUCUGAGCAGUUCCCUGUGACCCCCAAAGAUGCAAUGUUUCUAGGAAGAUGGCUUUGGAUCGCAGCCCAGGAUCACUGUUGCACUAUCAGUAAAUAAAUGACAGGGAGAGUGUCACCACUGGUUGGAUAUGUGCUCUCCCAGCCUGGACACUUGCAAUGAUUAACUUUGGGCAUGUUUCUGAUCGUGCUGGAUGCUACCUAGGCAUCCAAUGACUGUCAGCUAGUUUUCCUGUUUUCAAAUGUUGCCAAAUUUAUAGCACUUUUGGUAGAGAUCAGGACAAAAAGUCAGAAAGUAGUGAAUGAGCUUUGAAACAACUGACCAACAGAAGGACAUAUUUCUGUUAUUCCUCCUUCCUAAUGCAAUACAACUUUUUUUUUUUUUUUUUUUUUAAUUCUUAGGAUUUAGUCAGCCUCCUAAAUCUUGAUGCCACACUGAUUUCACAGGGGCUUGUUAAGCCAUACCUGUGUCUAAUUCUGGGCCCCUUAAUUUAGGAAGGGUGUUGACAUACUCAGACACAUUCAGAGAAGAGCCAGAAGGCUGAUGAAGGGUCUAGAACACAAGCCCUGCGAAGAGUGGCUGAGGGAGCUGGGGUUAUUUAGCCUGGAAAAAAAGGAGUCUUGGGGUAACCUUAUCACUCUCUACAAUUGCCUGAAAGGAGGGUGUAGCCAGGUGGUGGUUGGUCUCUUCUCCCAGGCAACCAGUGACAGGAUGAGGACACAGUCUUAAGCUGUGCCAGGGGAAGUUUAGGCUAGACAUGAGAGAAAAAUUCUUCACAGAAGAAGGGAUUGGGCAUUGGCAUAGGCUGCCCAGGGAGGUGGUGGACUCACCAUCCCUGAAGGUGUUUAAAAAAGACUGGACGUGGCACUCAGUGGCAUGGUUUAGUUGAUAAGGUGGUGUUAGGUCAUAGGCUGAACUUGGUGAUCUCCAAGGUCUUUUCCAACCUGGCUGAUUGUGUGAUUCUGUGAUUCUGUAACUUCCUGCCCCAGCUCUAUGUUUAUCAGGCUUUGCUAACCCACUGUGCUCUUGUGGUAAAAGGACUUUGAUAUUAGACACACAAACAGAAGUUUAAAUCUAUAAGAGUACAGGACUGAUCUCCAGCCAGGUCAAACAAUACAAUGUCCAACUCCACGUCCUUUUUACAUCACUUUAUCAAUAAUAAACAGAAUUUGUAAAAGGCUGUCAGUCUAGCUGAAACAACAGCUCCCUGGUAUGCUUUGCCCUCAUGUCGAGGAGACAGAGCAGCUUCUGAGCUGAAACCCAUCAUUGCAAUAUAUGUAGCACCUGCUGUAAAUUAUACAGCUGUGUGAAGUGUCUGUUGAACCAGCAACAGCUUUCACUUCUCUUGUACAUAGUGGUUUUUAGGCAUGAAAAAUUUUAAGUAGCAAUUGUUUAUUGAGAUAAACUGGACAACCCUGUGCUGAUGUUCAGGACCAGUCUUGGCCCUCUGGCAGGGGCUGCUGCAUGUACAAAAACAGCAGUACAGCCUACAGCACCUGGCUGGCAUUUUAACCUGGGCUGCAAAUACCUUGCAUUGGAAAGAGUUGUGCUGUGGAGGGCUAAGGGAGGACUGUCACUUCUCAUUCCACGCCCUUAGAACCAGCAGAGCUUCACUGGAAGCAGGAUGAAGUUCAAACUGCUCCAGUGUAUAUUCAAGCAAUCUUCUGGCAGUCACCAACACACCUCAGUCUGGCAGGGAAUAUGCACUUCCCAGCUUAUGCACUUUCUAGUGGGGAAGUAUUCACUUAUACAUGUAUAUGUAUCAUCACGUAUAUUGAUCUCUGGAAAGAGAGAAUCUCCCUUGUGAGCUCCAGCUGCUACUGUCAGGCUACUGCUAUUGUUAUUCCUCAGGCCAGCUGGCAGCUCAUGUGACUCAUGGUUGCUUCAAU